UUGUUCCGCGCUGCGGAGCUGCAGUGAUGUCAGCCUGCCUGGGUCAUUUGAAGGUCAGCAGCCUCGGAAGGGUUCAUACAAAGUUCACUCGCAUAUAUUAGGCAAUUCAAUCUUUCAUUCUCUGUGGCAAAACUAGUUGGAAAUGAGCUGCACGGGGGACGGAUAACCCAUUCGUCAUCGGAGAGGAGAACGUGUGCUUUUAAACGCCGUGCGUGUUAUUUUUGAUAUUAGGAAAGAAAGAUCCUCCAGUUCAGGCGGGCUUUGCCACAGCUUUCUCUUGUGUCGGGAACCGGGACGGGGCGAAGCGAUUCAGCGAAAACACACCGGGAUAUUAACACUAUUAUUGUUGAUAUGGAGGAGUCCGUGGCUGCGCGCUGAGUGGACACGGUGCCAAAAAAAUGGCAAAUGAGCGUUUAGAAGAAGCCGUGGAGCAUUUUGGUCCGAAAUAAUUCAUGAUUCCGGUGCGGGACGAAGGAGAAGAAGAGGAGCGAAAUCUGCCGUGCCAAGGAGAGGAGGAAGAAGAAGAAGAGGAGGAGGGGGGAGGAGGAGGAGGGGGGAAGCAGCGGAGUUUGAUGGAGUUGUGUGCGCUUAUGCCGGUGAUUUUUAUCCAUAACGCACAAGAGUAGUUGAACGAAGCGCCGUCAUCAUGUUUGACUGCAUGGACGUGCUGGCCGUGAGUCCCGGGCAGAUGCUGGAUUUCUACACGUCCAGCCCGUCCUCCUGCAUGCUGCAGGAGAAGGCUCUGAAAGCCUGCAUCAGCGGACUGGCGCACAGAGAGUGGCAACACCGCCGGAGCGCACACUCCAUUGAAACGCAGAGCACCAGCUCUGAGGAGCUCGUCCCCAGCCCGCCGUCCCCGCCGCCCCCUCCCAGAGUCUACAAGCCCUGCUUCGUCUGCCAGGACAAGUCCUCUGGAUACCACUAUGGUGUCAGUGCUUGUGAGGGCUGCAAGGGUUUUUUCCGCCGAAGCAUCCAGAAGAACAUGGUGUACACGUGUCACCGGGACAAGAACUGCAUUAUCAACAAGGUGACGAGGAACCGCUGUCAGUACUGCCGGCUGCAGAAGUGCUUCUCAGUGGGAAUGUCCAAAGAGUCUGUUCGAAAUGACCGGAAUAAAAAGAAGAAGGAGAGCCCAAAGCCGGAGCUGGCAGAGAGCUAUGAGCUGACAGCCGAGCUGGAGACCAUCAUUGAAAAGAUUCGAAAGGCCCAUCAAGAAACCUUCCCCUCCCUUUGCCAGCUUGGCAAAUACACCACGAACUCGAGUGCAGAUCACCGUGUGAGGCUGGACCUGGGCCUGUGGGACAAGUUCAGCGAGCUGGCCACUAAGUGCAUUAUCAAGAUCGUGGAAUUUGCCAAACGAGUGCCUGGCUUCACUGCGCUGACCAUCGCGGACCAGAUCACGCUCCUGAAAGCUGCCUGCCUGGACAUUCUGAUCCUGCGCAUCUGUACGAGGUACACCCCCGACCAGGAUACCAUGACCUUUUCGGACGGGCUGACCCUCAACCGAACACAGAUGCACAACGCUGGCUUCGGCCCGCUCACCGACUUGGUGUUCACCUUUGCCAACCAGCUGCUGCCCAUCGAGAUGGACGACACAGAGACAGGCCUCCUCAGCGCCAUCUGUCUCAUCUCCGGAGACCGUCAGGACCUGGAGGAGCCCUCCAAGGUGGAUCAGCUCCAGGAGCCGCUCCUGGAAGCUCUGAAGAUAUACGUGAGGAAGCGUCGGCCCAGCAAGCCGCACAUGUUCCCCAAAACGCUGAUGAAGAUCACAGACCUGCGCAGCAUUAGCGCUAAAGGAGCAGAGCGGGUCAUUUCUUUGAAGAUGGAGAUCCCGGGUUCCAUGCCGCCUCUCAUCCAGGAGAUGCUGGAGAACUCAGAGGGCCAAGACGGCCAGAGCAGCAGCAGCAGCAGCAACAGCAGCAGCAGCAGCAGCAGCAGCAGCAGCAACAGCAGCAGCAGCAGCAGCACUUCGGCUGAGGCAGGGGCCAGUCCCAGCAGUAAGGACAGCCCCAACGAGGACACCGCCGCUGUGGAGUCACCGGAGUCCUUGGACAUCAAGAGGGCUCCGGCCACGCCGCCCAGCGACGAGCCCUAGGAAGCGCCCGCGGGUGCCUCGGGGACUCUCUCUGACAUUCUUUUGCACAAAAAAAAGAACAACCGGGCAAGGCGCCGACCCCCUAUAACCCCUCUACCCUGACUCCUUCGCUUGGUAUUACGUUAUCUUUAUAUCCUCGUCCUAUUUUUCUCUCCAAUUUCCCUGAAAUUCCCCCCUUAAAAGAAAACGUCAACACGGAGGCCUCAAAGGAUCAGCGCUUUGUGUAUAAUUCUGAAUUGAGCUCUUAUUUGGCGUGGUGUCUCUGGGACAGGGACUGUGACAAGAAGGGCGUGGCCCUCGGAAACCGCCAGAAAUGAUACUCCUCAGGUCUCCUGUGUAAAUUCUUAUCUGCAUGACGGGAGUUUCAUAAGUGGUUUUACUCCUCUUUCUCUAUCUCUCUCUCUCUCUCUCUCUCUCUCUCUAUCUUCAUCUCUUUUCAUCUCUCGUAUUGUUGGCAUACGUACAUUGUACAUACCAUUGUAUGGUUAGAUCUCUGUUUCUAUGAUGAAUUUUGUGGUGCUUUUUUCAUUGUCUUAAAUAUUAUCUUUGAGGCGAUACAUCAAGGUUUAAAGUGGGACUAAUUGUAAGUCCUUCAAAAAGUUAUCUAGAAUGUCAUUGCAUAUAGAUAUUACGGAAGUCUACUAUUUUAUAUUUGUUCCUAUAUUUAAAACUGUUUUUGUCUUUUAUAACAUUUAUUGGUUCAUGUCUCUACAUGAAUGAGUGUACAUCCACACCGCCAGAAUGCAAAGCUUCUCUGCAUAUCGACAGCCGAGUCUGUUCAACUGUUUCCUCAAAGGAGGGAAGCACAACAGCAGAAGCCUUCGAUACACACUCAUCAGCUUGACUGCGUCUGUUAACUUUUCAGUCUCGUCAUGAACCGCCAAGGCCCGACGUACAGGAUUAGAUUUAUCAAAUAAGCCAGUCUAUGAAAUCAACUCAUUUGGUGGCUGUAUCUCGUCAGUAAAUCAGUUUACCGUGCUGUCAAAACAGAUUGGGGAAAUUAGGUUGCUGAUAGAUGCCAGAGAUGUUUCUGCAACAGGCUGUGAUCACAUAAGACGCUUUUUGUAUCGGUUUCCCUGUUACCCUAUACUUCAACUUGACCAUGUUCAACUUUAACCAUGUCGCACUUUAUUAUCAUCAUCUGGUCAGUUAAGGGGUUUAAUAAGUUAAAUAAGCCGGUGUUAUACCACAAUUUGUUCCCCAAGAAAUUACACUUUAAAUAAUCUCAAACCACAAGUGUCCAUUGAUUCCAUGAAGAGUCAGCUCACCAUUUAUUCAUUUCAUUUCCACCAGCAUGAUUUUCUUGUUUAGUGGAAAAAGUAAAUAAAAAGGACACAUCACAUUGCCAGGAAAACAAAUAAUAAUAGAUCCCUGAAACGGACGUUGUGUGUCCACAUUAUCUGUUUCCAGACGGACAUAUUAACCUUCUGCUAGCUAGCAGAGGCAGCAUUCAUCUCCUCUGACCUGGUUUAAAGGGAGUUUGUGUAACUUUUGCUGAAGAGCGGUCCAAGGUUAAGGAGGAUAAUGCUGAAUGCUAAAACAUAAUGUAACAGUUGCACAAAUAGAAGAAUGGUAUGAAGUCAUUGAGCUGACUCAGUAAUGUCAGUUACGCACAACAGCUUAAGAUUGUUAACAUUAGCUAACAUAAGCUACUGGUCAUAGCCUACCAGACCAAAUAAGGCUUCAGCUGCAUAACCCCUGAGUGUGUUGAACUUAGGUAGGGCAAGAAGAAAUGCGCUAAUUGUUCUUUCGAAAGUUACAUAGUCUCACCAUAAAUGAUUAUUCAAGUUUGGGUCUUAUUUUUGUAGUUCUGGCUAUUAUAUCUGUCAGUUAUGCUAAUAUUGCACGCACCAAAGUAAACUGCUGAGAUCUGGGGACACUGUGACAUAGCUACAACAAAGUCAGGCAAGUACAGGCCAAGAAACAUGGUUGUUAACAAGCCAACAGUUUAGCUUGAUUAACCAAAAGGUGACACACCAAAAAUCUUGCUAAUUGUACUGGAAAACUGCUGACACGCACAACUACAGUAAGUACGGUAGGUCAAAUAUGAAGCAGGAAGUCGGUCUGUAAAGCAUGAUGUUGAUAGACAGGUUGGGUAAUAAUUUUACUGUUCACUUUUCUUCGGCCUUCGAAAUAAGUUUGGCCUACCAUGUCACCGUCUUCCUAGAUCCAAGAAAUUUAGUUGCUAACAGAAUUUAUGGCCAAAGUAAAGUUCACAUUUCAAAGGAAAGCUUAGGAAAGCAGUUUAUUACAGCUUGUUUAUUUUUGUGGCUCUGACUAUUGGCCCUAUCGGUUCUGAUGACAUUAUCAUCACACCAAGUUAACUGCUAAGAUCUAGGAAGGCAGCAACAUUGGUAAAAAGUUCAGCUAGUUCAGCAAGUUAUUUGGAACACGGUACACUGUGAGUAGUAAAAUUACAACAGUUAAAAACAUCCAUUUCAGUUACAGACAGAUGUCCUGUUUAAGAUGUCCUUGUGGUUUUACCUCUAGAUAAAGUGGUGGCUAAUCUUACUAAACUGUUGGCUUGUUUACAACCUGUUGUCUCCCCAUUCACAUUUGUUGCCCUGUAGGACCUAUUUUAAACAAUGUCACCUUUUUCUAAGAUCUCAGCAAUUAAUUUGGUGAAUACAUGGUAUCAUAACUGAUAGGAAUCAUGGUCAAAAACUACAAAAAAGAGCCAAGUUAUAAUAAAUUCAUAAAUUUACUCCCCUUGUUGCUGUAAAUCAGGUAUAAUGCCACUUGAAUGCCAUUUGAAUUCUUACUGUCUCUUCUAGUCUUCUAUCAGCGCUAUUUUUUGUGCUUGGGCUUCCAGUCUGAUCACAGCCUGUGGCAGCUUUCACUCUUCAAAAAUUACCUGAUGGUCAACCUAAUGAGGGUGUAUCUACCGCUACAGCAUGUACUACCAACCGGGCUCUACAAACGCACAUGGGCUCUGUUAUGGCCUUAUGAGCAGAGCUCCUCAACCCGCUUUUCUUUCCCUUUCAGAAGUGUCUUGUUUGAGUUUGAAACACGGGGGCAAUGCAAUCCUUAAAACACACUGAUGACCGAACCGCAUGGGUCGGGACGAUUGUACACUAAUGUAGAAAGCACACGGUGGGGUGGAAUUCACAAAGCCACUCCAAAUGCUCGCCUUACUCUUCAGACAUGACAGUGUAAGCUACGUUUAAUGAUGCAAAAGGAGAUUCCAGAUGACCUUUCAUCCCCCUGAGAAGUGCAGUGGAGUAAAGCUUCUCUUUGGACAGUAGAUCCAACUGAGGUCUUAAUCUCAUUGGUGGGGAAGUAGGCAAUGUGUCUUAUAUCGGAUGGGACGGUCCCACUGAAAUUAAAAGACGAUCCUAAAUGGCUGCUUUUCUCCACUGCUGAGGUCACACAUUAUACCGAACAGUAAGAAAUAAACUCCAUUAUAUCCUCUUAUAGGACCCAGAUCCCUCGCUACCCUGCUGCCCUUCGUGGCUGAAUAACAGCUCCAUUCAUUCAGAUAUCAAGUGGUUGUUCACUUAUAGUACAGGGAACAAACUAACUGUAGCACUUAAACAUGUUGAACCUUUAAAAUUUAGCUGUAGUACUGAAACUGAACAAUAUGAAGGCUAAAACAGCAGCACCUCCACAACCAGAGAAGGAGGCCAAAGUUCAACUUUAAACUAAUUAAGCACAAAAAUGAACAGCUUUGGAAAUUGUUUCGAACUCCUCUCGGAAGUUUUUGUUUUUUCAUUUCAGACAUGAUGCAAAAAGUAGGCCUGACCGACAACAGAAUAGAUCAAUUUUAGUGAAAAGAACAGGUUUUAAAACUAGUAAAGUCUUGUGAGCAGAUAUUUGUGCCAACAGAUAUCGAAUUUGGUACCAAUCAACCAAUUCAAAGGCCCUGAAAGCUUAUUUUCUCAAUCAGCUUUUUACUAUAAGUGAUGAGAUCCUACAUGAACACAAUAUUCUGCCAAUGUUAGAACUGUUUUGGUUACUUCACACAUCUGUAUUCUAAUCACUGGUUUGUCAUGGAUGGUAUUCAGUCAGAAAAAGCUGACUUCCAUAUACCAAUCAGGAUUUAGCAAGAUUUGAGUCAGAAUCUUAUCAAACCAACCCCAUACAGCCCCAAAGAAGUGUGUUCUCUGAGUUUUUGAGUGUUCAAAAAUUAUGAUUAUUGCUCACUUAGUCAAAGAUAUUUAAUGACACAGAGAAAUGAUUUUAUGUUUUAUUUUAAACCAAGUUUUCAGGGGCUUUAAGCCUCGGUCUGCAUGGUCACAUUUUGAGUUAUAUGACAUGUUGAGUUGACACUUGGGAGGCUGUUCUCAUAUGCAUUUGAAAAUGAGUUUUGCUAAACUGAAUACUAUAAAACUGAAAUUUAAGUUUUGUUAUCAGAAUUUAUUCAUUUCGAUUAAACUCUGUUCCUUAAAUACAAGUGAAAUUUCAAAACUUGAUUGAUAGAAACUUACCUGCUAGCACAAAUAUCUGCUCCAAAUGUUCUCCAGGACACCUAAAAGAUGUUUGCCGACACAUAAACUGUACGUGAAACUGUUUUCAAGGAACUAGGUGAGUCAUUCAGCUUCUCGCAUUUGAUCUGAAACAGGAAAGUAAGACAACUCUUAAGGGCAGUGAAGGGUUCUGGGUCUCAGCAGCACGUAAUAAAAACCCAUCUACAUUCCAUUCCUGCUCGGAGAUACAUAUCAUAAGGGAAACCUGAGCUGUUUCAGUUUUUUUGUUUUAACGUGUUUGAAUGUGAAUAAUGUCAUGGAGUCUGUCAGAAGAAUGAUAUGCAGUGUUAAGGAUAACUUACUUCUAUCUCAAUGUAACAUAGGAAACACUCUCCCUCGGUUCUCUCUGUCUUGCUCUCCUGGUGAGAGAUGAAGGGAGGCAUCUUGGUGUUUUUCUUUUUUUUUUCUUUUUCUUUUUGUAGCUGGAAAACCUUCACAGCCGAAGAAUGUCCACAUCCACCCCUGAAGCGUCAGGCCGGCCCUCAGGCGCCUGGACGCAGCAGGGACUGUUAUCUGUUCCUUUAGGAAACAACUUCACAAUGCUGAAUUACUCUUGUUCGUUUCUGUUGAAUGUUGUACCGACGUAACUGUAAUACUCUACUAUCUAGCUCACUGCAGAGAUGUUAUAUGAAUGGUGUGUGCUUUGCAUUCCAAUUGGCAGCUCUGUGGAAAAGACACUCUGUUAUUUGUCCUUGGGAACAUCAACUCACAUCAAGUGUAAAAAAAAAAACAAAAAAAAAACAAAAGAAAAAAACAAAAAAAAGGAGGAACUGGAACUUGGUGGGCUGAUCUGGGCACCCAGGUCGUACUCCACACAACACAUAGUGUCGGACACUGAGAAAGAGAAGCCCAGGAAUGGGAGAAAUGGACGACCAAGUCACCUCAGCACCAGAUAUCAUCAAUACGUUCUGUUCCAUGUCAAACAACAGAGCUGCCCCACCUCCCCUCCCCUCCCCCCCCUCAGCCAGGAAGCCAGUCAGCUGUCGUCAAUCAAUCAAACCCAAUCAAUCGACAGCUAAUUGGUGUAACAGAUCAACUGAUGAACUAGGGUUCGGCCGAUAUGAGGUUUUGAAAACAUACUGACAUUUUUAGACUCAUCUGCUUUGGUUGAUGUUUUGUGCCAAUAAGCAGUCAAAGGAAAAAAUAAUCUUCAGAUAGUUUGAUAUCAGCCUGUGGUGUUGAUAUCUUUUUGAGUGUAUGUAUGUCCCUCAGCCUGCCUUCUUUAUUAGCUUUCCCAGAAUGCCUUUUGACAACACCCAAACAACCAGACUCCACAGGGAAUAUCUUAACGCUGCACUGAUCUAAAUUUUUAUAUUGACAAUGGAACAAAUUACUAUAAAUAAUGUGAAAGGAGUCGCUUGUGGUGACAAACCCACAGAGAAUUAUCACCAGUUCCCUCUGCGCUUACAGAGCAUUU